UCCACACCGCUCACACUCGCGAAACCUGCUCUACCAGUCACGUUUCAGACUCGAUACUAUAUAGUAUAUAUGUAUUUUAUCUUGAAUCUGUGAAUCUUUUAUUCACUUAGCUUUUUGUGUCCCUGCAGUCUGAGAUCAACGAACGCGCUUUGCGCUCGGAUACCAGAUAGUGAGAUUGAUUCAGGCGAUAAUUGAAGUUUAAAAAAGUUCAGAAAAGUGUUCAACAAGUUGGAUAAAAAGACUAGCAAUGUUUGAGGAAGGCAAAAAACGAGUCCGCAGCUGACCAAUUUUGUAAUUAUCUUGGAGAUUUGCACGUCCUCUGAACAACAUGCAUCGUUUUUCUAAACUCAAGUUUAGCAAAUGGAGUGGCCAGCUUGCUAAAAGGCCUUUUUUUAAUCAAACUAAAACAACUGAAGCUGUGAAUUUUACACCCUCUGUGGAUUUACCAGAGUCAGCAGACGUUGUAAUUAUAGGUGGAGGUAGUGCGGGAUGUAAUGCUCUUUACCAUUUAGCGAAAACUGGAAAAAAUAUAGUUCUCCUAGAUAAAUCAAAAUUAACAUCAGGAACAACAUGGCAUACAGCAGGAAUGGUUUGGAGUUUGCGGCCAAGCGAUGUGGAAGUGGAACUACUUCAAGUAUCGAAAAAUAUUUAUCAAAGUCUAGAAGAAGAAACUGGGCUGGCCCCAGGGUGGAUGAAAAUUGGCGGAAUUUUUAUAGCCUACGACAACGUGAGAAUGGAUGAAUAUAAAAGACUUUCGACGCUCGGGAAAGCUUAUGGUAUAGAAUCUCACAUAAUUUCACCUGAAGAGACGAAAAAAUUGUUUCCUUUACUGGACGAAAAUAGUUUUCAAGGUGCUCUCUAUUCGCCAGGUGACGGAAACAUAGAUCCUACGAUGAUGGUCAAUGCGCUGAUGCAUUCUGCAAAGGCGAAUGGUGCCAAGGUGAUAGAAGAUUGUCCAGUGACGAAGAUCAUAACAGAAAAAUCUGAACUUGGUUCGAAAAAAGUGACUGGAGUCGUAACUCCUCACGGAACGAUAAAAACAAAUUGUAUUUUAAAUGCUUGUGGAUCAUGGUCGAAAAAUAUUGCAAAAAUGAUAGGACUUAACAUUCCUCUCGUCUCUAUGAAACAUGCUUAUAUCGUUACUGAGCCAAUGAAAAAUAUAAAAGGUUUGCCCAAUAUUAGGGAUCAUGAUGGAAAAAUUUAUAUAAAACUUCAGGGAGAAACAAUGUCCAUUGGAGGAUACGAAUUAAAUCCAAUCAUUUUACAAUCGGCUCCCAAGGAUUUUUCAUUUAGUUUGUAUGAAUUGGACUGGAACGUUUUCAAUUCCCACCUCGAAGCAAUGACGAAAUUGAUUCCUAAAUUGGCAACUACUGGAAUUAGAAGCACUGUUUGCGGCCCCGAAAGCUUUACGCCAGAUCACAAACCAAUCAUGGGGGAAGAUCCGAGAUGUGAUGGAUUUUUUUACUCGUGUGGAUAUAAUAGUGCGGGAAUGAUGUUUGGAGCAGGUUGCGGAGAGCAGAUUUCAAACUGGAUAAUAAAUGGUCGUCCGGAAAAAUAUAUGUUUAAAUAUGAUGUUAGAAGAUUUACUCCAGAGCAAUCAAAAGACGCGAUAUGGGCAAACGAAAGGUCCCAUGAAGCUUAUGCAAAAAAUUACAGUAUUGUUUUUCCACACGAUCAGCCCCUAAGUGGAAGAAAUUUUAAAACUGGGCCCUUUCACGAUCUUCUCAUGAAAGAGGGUGCAUUUAUGGAAGAGAGUCAAGGAUGGGAAAAGCCCGCCUUAUUUUUAGAAAAUGAGACAGUGACGAUAGAACCUUACGAUUACUGUGGAAGUUAUGGUUCUUCGAAAAACGAAGAUAAUAAAUAUGCUUCCGUUCUCGAAGGAGAUUAUAGUUUUGGAUUUUCAAAGUACCACAAUAUUAUAAAAGAAGAAGCACUCGCUUGUAAAAACAAAGCAGCCUUAUUCGAUUUGUCGAAUUUUGGAAAAUUCUACCUUAGCGGUCCCGAAGUCCAAAAAGCUGCUGAUUACCUUUUCGUAACGGAUACCAAUUUCGAAAUAAAUAGGACUGUGGAAACUUGUUUGUUGAAUGAUCGAGGAGGAGUUGAAGCCAUUUGUACAGUAACUGCUAUUUCUCCUGGAUCUAGUGGAGUCGUGGAUCCAAUUUUCCAGGGAAAGGCUUUUUACAUCGUAACUGGUGGAUUGUCUGCUUAUCAAACUUGGGCUCAUAUUCAACACGAGAUAACAAAACAAGGAUUUUGUGUCAGCUUACACUCGGCGACUGAACAAAUUGGAAUUCUAGGUAUCGAAGGACCAGAAAGUCGCAAGAUUCUGCAAAAAGUCGUCGACGCAGAUCUUUCAGAAAAAGAAUUACCAUUUUUACAUUCCAAAUUGCUGAAAGUUAAUGGAAAAUUAUCAAGGGUAUUUCGAUUUACGGAGGUCGGUGAACUUGGAUAUCAACUCCAUAUUCCUGUCGAAUCGUGUGAAUCGGUUUAUAAUUCUUUGAGAAAAGCAGGAGUUUCGAAAUUAAAACUCGUCGGAUUUAGGGCUCUCUACAGCCUCAGAAGUGAAAAAGGAUUUCCAUUGUGGGGUUACGAUCUAAGAUCAGACGAUAAUCCAAUUGAAGCAGGACUCGAUUUUAUGUGUCGUAAAGAUAAAAAGUAUUUAGGAAGCGAGGCUGUGAAAGAACUUGGAGAAAAAGGAGUGAAAAAACGAAUCGCGCAUUUUUACCUCCACGAUCAAAUACCAGUUUGGGGAUUAGAAACAGUUUACAGAAAUGGAGUUGUUGUUGGAUAUUUAAGGCGAGGAGAUUACGAUUUUAAUUUAGGAAAAAGCUUUGGACAGGGAUAUGUGAGACAUCCCGAGGGGGAAAAUGUAACAAAGGAAUUUUUGGAAUUGGGCGAUUACCAAAUAGAAAUUAUGGGCACAAAGUACCCAGCAGAAAUAUAUCUUAAAAGCCCUUUUAAUCAUGAUGAUUGACGAAAAACUCAAUAUAAAAACUCAUGCCAAAUGUAGAUAUCCUAUUUUAUAAAUAUACUUCAAUUUUUAUAA